AUGACAGUAAACACACGCAGUAAUAGCAGCAGCUCGCAGGACUCCCAACAGCCCAGUUUUGUCGCAGAGCUCAGCGACGACAAAAACCAAAUAGUUGUUGAGGACGCAGAAUUCGAGACCUCGUCUCAGGAAAGCGAUAAUUCUAACCGCAACCCGUUUGUUGACCCGUACUUGGAGAAAUACUACCGUAAAGUGUACGCAGACUGCGAGUAUGAGUGUCUGCACGCAUUCGACCCGGGAUUCAAGUGGUCCCAAGAGGAAGAAAAAAAACUGUUGCGCAAAGUGGACUGGCGUGUGGCUAUCCCGGCAUGUCUGAUGUUCGCAGCAUUGCAGAUCGAUCGUGGAAAUCUGCAACAGGCCGUUGCAGACAACAUGCUGAAGGAUCUUAAGAUGACAACCAAUGACUACAAUACCGGGAUGCAGCUGUUCUACGCAGCGUUCACAAUCGCAGAAGUGCCCUCGCAAUUGUUGUCCAAACGGAUCGGGCCCGACCGCUUCAUUCCGUUCCAGAUGGUACUCUGGAGUAUUGUCUCUAUUGCACAAGCUGGUGUGAACAACAAGGCCGGGUUUUUCGCAACUCGUUUUUUUCUGGGACUUUUGGAAGGUGGGUUUAUCGCAGACCUAGUUUUGUGGCUCAGUUAUUUCUAUACUUCCCGUGAACUGCCCCUCCGUUUGUCUUGGUUUUGGACCACUCUUUCGCUUGUGCAAAUCUUCACUGCGUUGCUGGCCUUCGCAAUCCUGAGAAUGCGUGGAAUCGGAGGUCUCACCGGUUGGCAGUGGCUAUUGUUGAUCGAAGGUCUCAUCACUCUGUUUAUCGGUGUGUUUGCCUUCUAUCUCAUGGUACCUUCAGCCGUGCAAACUAAGAAUUGGAUGCAUCCUAAGGGCUGGUUCUCUGAGCGCGAGGAGAAAAUUGUUGUAAACCGGGUGCUGCGAGACGAUCCUUCCAAAGGUGACAUGAACAAUCGUCAGACUUUAACCUUGCGUAAGUUGUGGGAUGCUUUGAAAGACCACGAUUUGUGGCCUAUCUAUGCGAUUGGAUUGCUUGCCUACAUUCCAGUCAGCACAAUUCAACCUUACUUGACGCUUAACUUGAAGCAGCUCGGGUUUUCCACUUUCAACGUCCAGUUGCUGUCCAUUCCAUACAACGUUUUGCACAUUAUUCUGCUGUUGUUGAUCACCAAAAUUUCCGAUAUUUUUGACGAGAGAUCGCUGAUAUCGUUGGCGGCGCCUGUGUAUUCCACAUUCCUCCUGGGGUUCAUCAGAUGGUGGUCCGGUUCUAUGACUCAAGCAUGGCCCACGUAUGUGAUCACCACUUUGUUCUUGGGUCAACCAUAUAUCCAUGCCAUGUGUGUCGCUUGGGUUUCCAAGAACUCCAACUCCAUUAAGACCCGUAGUGUUUCCUCCGCUGUUUACAACAUGUUCGUGCAGCUUGGAACCAUUGCUAGCAGUCAGAUCUACAGAGCCGACGACAAACCAUUGUAUCAUCGUGGUAACUUCCAACUAUUUUUCAUCUCGCUGGCCUUGAUCCCUCUACUGUUGCUCACCAAGGCUUGGUACAUAUAUCGCAACCGGCAAAAGGAUCAAAUAUGGAACGCCAUGAGCGAAGACGAAAAACGAGACUAUAUCUUCAACUCCAAAGACCAGGGCAAUCACAGACUGGAUUUCCGCUUUGCCCAUUGA